UUCGCGUGAGUCAAAGAAAAGUGCGUCAGUUAAGUUUUGCGAGAAAGUUUUUCCGCAGUUAUAAAGUGAACAAAGUGAACCAGCGUGAUAGGAAAGAAAGUCAUCGUUAUUGCGAUCGUUUGAAUUUUACAUUUCGUCGUCUUAUCGAUUCUCGCUGGCAUCCCAGGGAUCGGAGAAACGAUUUCGAACGAGUUUACGAUCGAAAAAGAUUACGAUCGCAGCACUUACUUGCGAAGGAUUAAUCUCGUCACAUUUGCGAGAUCAUCCUAACGAAAUCGAAAAUUUUCGAAGAAAUAUAAAACGAUUAACGCAAAGAUUCGAUACAUUGAAACAGUUUGUGUUAAAUUGUUUCCGAUAUUUGCGGAAGAAUUAUCGAAAAACUCUCGAUAUUUUUCCUCGCACUGGAGUGUCGACGAACGAAUAUUACGCGCGAUCGUACGACGUGGCGGCGACGCCAUUUUGUGAACACUCCUGUGUGCGUCCCGUGAGCAACGGUCUCACUCGAGUCAUAACCUUUCAAACCACGGAAAGAAUAGUGUUUUCUUUCGGCCGCGUCGUCUCUCGACUGUCUCGGGAACGGAAGAAGUGGAGGAAGAAGAGUGGUUUAAAAUCGACAAAAUUUUACCAUAGACCAUUCGUCCUGGGUUAUAUCGCAUAGCAACCAUGAGACUGGAAAUUGUGUCAGCGGCGGAUUUUUUGGUGCAUUUAUUGCGUCUUCAGACGGGUCAGUUGUCUGAACGUCAGCUGGAGAUGUUUAAGUCCUCUUUAACAGAGGUACUACGUCAUCGUUACAGGGAUCACUGGUUUCCAGAUCGCCCAAAUCGAGGUUCUGGCUAUCGUUGCAUACGCAUUAAUGGUAAGAUGGAUCCUGUAAUUGCACAGGCAGGUGCAAAUGUUGGAUUAUUACCAACAGUACUGCAUAACUUAUUUCCAAGCGAGCUCACUAUGUGGAUUGAUCCGUCGGAAGUAUCGUACAGAAUCGGAGAAAAUGGAUCGAUUUGUGUUUUAUAUGAGCGUACAGAGCCCGAACCAGAAGAGGCUCAACAACAUCAACAUCAACAUCAACACCAACACCAGCAUCAACAUCAUCAACAACAGCAGCAACAACAGCAACAACAAUUUGAAAGUUGCAAAGAUUCGCUACUGUUGGAACACUCGCAAUUUAGCGAGCAAAUCGCCGCGUUCGUUUCCAGUUGAAGCGUUUUUCGGCGCAGGUUCACCGAUGCGAUAAAAAUCGCAUCUCGCUUCAUUUCCAUUGGACGUGCAUCACGCUCUCGGACUGAUCAAAGCAUAUACGUUUCGUGAUAUGUGAUCGCGUUCCUCUGGUCGGGUGAAUAUUCGGCUCGUGCACACGAACGCGCAAUUCUAUUCUAUCUGAGUCGAAUUCCUCCAAAAUUAAGUGUAACAAGCUCUUUCGUGUACAUCGUUUUAAAAAUGAACAAGAAAUGUGUAAAAAAUGUGUAUAACUGUUUUUUGGCUAAAUUUGAUUUAUUGAAGAAAUACGUCCAAUACAUAUUGUCCGAUGGAGUCUCGACGCUUUCUCGACGGGUUCCUGACGAGUCGCAACGAUCAUAAUCACAGUUGACUCUAGUCCAAUCAAACAUAUACGAGUCAUCCUGAAUUUUCGUCAAUCAUACGAAAAAGAAAAGGGUACUCAUAGCAAGAAGAAGAAAGAAGUGUCACCAUCAUCGUUUGAAUAUUCGGAAAAGAAUACUGCGCGUUCGCGUAACGUUGUGUACCUAGACCAGCGAUCCUUUAAACGUCCUGAUGUGUCUCGCGAGAAGAUUCAGAUUUUUCCAUCUCAUUAUGCUGGAAAUACUGGCUGCUGGCGAGACCGGGCCUGCAAAAGUGAGAAAAAAUAUGGGCGAGCUCCGCGAGGAUCUCUCUCAGUCCGACAAAUUGAUCUCAGCUCUCCUCCCCGCGUAUAUUUCUAUUUAUUUCGAAAAGAAAUUACGCCUGGAUAGGGGAACAACGAACCAGUCUGACUCGCUUUUCUGUUCUCAUGAGAGGAAAAGCGAAAUAAACCUCUCUCCCUCAAGAAGAAUUCAACGUGUUUUUAUUGUCAUAAAAUCUCUUUUCUUCCACGUCAAAACAUCUUUUCUUUUUAUGUAUCAAUCUAAUUGAUUAUUCUGAACCCUCAUGUUCCGAUGUCUGGUGUUUGUCAAUAACGAAAGACGAACAUCGAGGAAUAUGAAAUAAAAAAGGACAAGCAAUUCACUUUUUAAUGGAAAAUCGAUAAACAAUAUACUAUAGGCUGCAUUCUCUCUUCUGUCCGCAUGGUCAUCACGCUGUGGUCGUCAAGGAUUUUUUUCUCUCUAACCUCGCACUAUCAAUGCAAAUUACCACCGAGCCACACACAAACACCAAACACGUAUUGUAAAAGACAAGAAUAAGUUGAAGAAAAAAGGAACAAACGUAUACAUUUCUGUCAUCACAUCGUCAAAUACAUUGAAGGAAUUUGUUAAUCAACAAUUAUUGAUCAAUCGAUUUUUGAUUUUCUUCUUUGAUCCGGAACUUUUUUCAUGGAACGUGUGUAUGCUAAUAAGCAUGAUAACGAUAAAUAUCUAUCAUUUUAUCCUCGGCGUCAUUGGCCCACUUAUCGUUCUUGGAUCAUCCAUUGCUAUUCUUUCAUUGGUCGUCGACAUUGGUGAUCGAGCAAUCAUUAACUCGAAUCACAUGUUAGCAUCGUUGACAAAAAAGAACACACGUUACACUUCAUACGUACAAACCUUUAAAAAGCGUGAGUUUAUAUGUACAUAUAUAUAGUUAUUAUGUAUGUAGAAGAUACAUAAUGCGCAAACUUCGUUUUCGUCCCUUGCGCAUAUAUGAUAUGUCAAAUUGUAUAUUAUCUGUUUUCUGAGCAUAAAAUGAGUGAAUGUGAGCAAAAGAAAAAAAAUGAAUGGAAAUGAGGGAGAGAAAAAGAAAGAAAAAGUGAGAUUGUAUAUGAAUCUAGAGUAAAUGAGAAUAAGAAAAAGAGGAAUAUAUAUUGUAUGUAUGAGAGAGAGCAAAUGAACAAAUAAAUAUGAAACAAAUAACUGUGAUUGAUUUUGCAUGAUGAGAAAGCGUAUUUCGUGCAUAUCGAAUAAUUAUCUUUUCUGGUGUUUCGAACGAUAGAAUGAUCGAAUCGAACGAAGAAUGCAUGUUGACACGAAUGAAAAUGAAUGUAAAUGGAUCACGUGGUUAAUUUUCAAUCAUUCAAUUCAAAUUUGACAAUAAUAUCUUUUCUUUUCAAAAAUUUAUUU